AUGCUGUCCGCAUGGCGUCGUUGGCGCCGGCCACCUACACCUAGCACAGAACCCGAGAGCACAGAACCCGAGACUGAAGAUACUGAGGAAGAAGACCAGGACGAGAGCGUAUUUUCCGGCGAGAUGACGCCGGCGGAUACACUUUCAGAUACUACCGGCGCCUCAACUGCAGAGACUACCUCCACCGACCCUCCCGACGAGUAUCCAGUACCGAUUCUUGGGUAUCAUCAUGUUCUGAUGAUCAUCAGCGCGAUAUCCCUCGUUGCCCUGGGUCUGACUCUUGGCGGAUGCUCAAGAACAGGCACUCUCCAGAACUUCCACCUCCUCUCCAUAUCAGCUCGACCAGACAUCGCACCGAUGGAUGCCAGAAGCCCGCUCAUGCUAAACGACACGCUGCCGGAUAUCUUGCAUCAAUGGACGUUGAAGGGGGUAGAUGAACCGAUGCGAGCAGAGGCUGUGCAGGUGGGAUACUGGUCUAUAUGCGUGAAGCUCCAUCAGGGAGACUGGCAAUGCCGACUUCGGCAACCUGCUGCCCAUAUCGCUGACCCAUUGGGCAUUGUUGAGGCUGCAUUCGACUUUCAGAAGCAUGUGACAUCCUUUGUUCUUUUGUACGUGACUGUGAAUAUAACAGCAUACUGCGACACCCAUCUUCACCAGGCCGAAUCCGCUAAUCUUUCGUCUUAUUACAGAAUACUGGGUGUAGUUUUUACGUUGUCGAAUCUCGUAGUCCUGCUCCUGUUUCCAGGCUGGAACACCCCCGACGACGGGUCUGACGAACCCAAGCCCUACCCUUCUUCUCAAUACGCAACUGUGCUUGUUUUGACCAAUGGUCUUGCCGGGGCCAUGCUGUACAUUGGAAUGGCGUGGCAGCAGAUCGCCAUCGCCUCAGCAGGCACGAUUAUAGAAGGUCUGAGAUAUGGCUCUGUUGAGGUACAGAUAGGCAUCACAGCGGCUGUCCUUGGCUGGCUUGGCGUUUUUUUAUCUUGUCUCUGUAUGCUCGGAGGAAUUUUGAUGGGCGUAUCGCUGCAUUUGGUAGAUGAGCUGUCUCAAGACUGA